AUGGGUCAACUCAUUGUUAUCUCCACCAAAAUUGAUUUCUCUUUGAAAGAAAGUAUAGGUGACUACAAGUUCAAAUACAUUCGUCAUCCAGAAUCCUAUCGUGCUACUCUAAUUCAAAUUUCAAACGAUGCUUGGGAAGCAUUCCUCAAGGCACAUAGUUCAAUGAACACGAUUCAACUGUACAUGGCACUAAUUCCGGGACAUAUGAAGACAUCCUUCCGGAUUUUAGUAAAAUCUUCACCAAGACUUCUAGAAAGACUCUUAACACCGUCAUUAAAAAGCAUUGAUAUGAUCGGAAAGGAAUGUUCUAAAUUGGCCUCUGCCACUCACGAGGCAUUUGUAAAUGUUAUGCAGCUCUUGGGUGAAGUUAUUGAAGUUACAGCUCUAACGCAAGGUUUUCACCUACAAAGAUUGAGAGAAGUUGAAAUGGAACUCAAUGUUUCACGUGCAGCGCAACAAUAUCAAGAACAAAUUAUUCAAACUGUUAAAAAGCACUACGACCAAGCAGUGGAAGCUGUUAGAAGCGCACAGGCUGCUUACACACAAGCUUUAGGAGAUCUGCCAACUGGAUGGGAUAAAAUCCUACAGAAUUUCGUACAAGCCGUUGUUGAUGUGAUUGAUGAUGUUGUACCAAUACUCGUAGGGGCAGCCGUCGGAGGAUCAGCUGGCGCAGCUGGAGCAGCUGGAGCAUCUAUCGGUGCUGGCAUUGGUAACAUUGGUGGCAGUAGGGGCGGUGGGAGUGUUGGUGGUGGACUUCAAACAGCAACAAAUUUAGAUGACAAAAUUAUUUCAAGCCAAUCACUAUCAAUUGCAAACAUGCUAUUAGAUCAGGCAAAUACAAUGUUGAACAGUGUUACACAAAAUGUUAACACAAGUAGACAAGCUCUCACAAAAGAUUUUGAUUUCUAUAGAAUUGGUUUCAAUCAAAUGAAGAAUUUGCUUAAAACUGUCAAAGGUGGCAAUGAAAUUACAAAAACAAUUGGCGAUAUCUUACAAUCAAUCAUAGAUGUAACAAAUUUGAAAAAUGUUGAGGAAAUUAAAGGCCAGCUAACGAGUGUGAUUGGGAAAUUGAAACCAUUUGUAGCUGCCAAAUCAAUGGACUCCACUAAGGUUGAUGCACCAGACACAAUGCAACAACUACAACAGCCUUCGUCAAAUUCUGGCAAUUAUGAUAAUGAAAAAUUCAAAGUCACCGUCACACUACAGCGCCUUCAACAAGCUGAACGACGUCAAGAUGCAAUUUUUCAACAAAUGUUUGAACAACAGGAUAAAAUGAAGGCAUUGAUGGUUAAAAUUGCACAAAUUGAUAUGACGAAAAUCACCUUUGAGCAGAUUAUCGAACUUUUACGUGAAGCCAUCCUGUUACUGGGUAACAUUCGAGUUCAGUGGGGACGUUUAGUUCAAUUUUUCUCCGAAAUCUCUAUCCGCAGUCAGAUCGCUGCAAAUGAAACACUGGUACCUUUUGCUGAUCGUGUGAAAGAAUUGUCGUCGCUUAGCGAUCUAACGGAAGCUGAACGAACAUUCUACAUUGAUUUACUCAAAGGACAAGCAGUUGACAUCCAUCGGCAAACCUAUAUUCUCUAUGUAAUGUCUCGAACCUACGUUGAUAUCUCAAAUGAAUUCAUGAUGGACAAACUGAGUGGAUUGGCAAAGAUGCUUGGAAUGCAAACGGAUACGGAACGAGAACAAGCCGUGAAGCAACUGCUAAAAGACACAGAGGAAGCACAAAACAAAGUACAAGCUUUGGCUGACGAACGGAAAAAGACAUUUGAAGAAAGAGUAUUGAAACGACAAAAUGAAUUAGAGAAAUAUAUUGACUAUCUUGGUGGUAAAACACAAGAUGAUUUAGAUGCAGUCAAGAAUGGAACAGAACUAUUAGAACUCUUCUAG